AAGUGAGAAAGAGAGAGAAAAGGGAAAGAGAGAAGGAAAACAAGAAGACAUUGACUGGGAUAGUGAGAAAGAAAGAGAGAGAAAGGCUGGCAUAGAAAGAGAGAGAGAGAGAGAGAGAGAGGGUGAUAUAGGCAGGCGAAGUCCAGAGCAAGAGUCAACAAAGGAAUACCACCACUAACAUUGCUACUGCUAAUAAUAAUUCAUAACAAUAACAUAGCCUAUGUAUUGUUGUCAGUGGUGAAUAGUUUCCUAGUGUGUUUCUCCAACGGACAGUCAUGUCGAUAGAGGAUGAUAAAAAUGGUCAAGUGGAGAGAAGAUUUCAGAAUUUAUCCCAUAUAUUCCAUCCUAUAAUCCAGGAGAGGAGUAUAUGUUUUCGAUGUGAUAAUAUUGUCUACCAAUACGAGAGAGCUGGCCCUGUUCAUGAUGUUAUUUUUCAUAAACAAUGUUUCAGAUGCUUUUCAUGUGGUCACCAUUUAACCCCCAAAAACUGUUGGUCAAACCAGUUUGAUCCUGAAGACAAAGAAAUCUAUUGCAUUUCUCACUAUCCUAGAGUUGGAGCAGCCCAUGUCACUAAAGAGGCUGUUGGUAUAAGACAAGCCAUCGCUGCUCAGAAUGACAUCAAAGUUCUCACUGGAACCUCUGAUCAGGUUCGUCUACCUAAGGAUACAGAUGCCCCUCUUCUGGACAACGAAGCUGUACACAUCAAGCAUGCUCUCAGCAAGAAAAAUAAACAGAGGAAUUCUGACAAACAUAAAGCCAAUAUAGAUGGCAAUGCCCUUCACAUUAAAGGGGCUGUUGAGGCCCAACAGCUUCAAAGACGAUACAAUCGAAAGCAGGAUAAACAUCAUUACCCACCAUAUAUUAUCCGCAAACGAGAAGAGUUAUUUGAUCUUCAAAAGAAAUUGGAACAACAACUACAGAAAGAAGAAGAUGAACUCCUGAAGUCAUUCCAAGAACAAGGAAAACAGGAAAAUGAAAAACUGACUCAACAAAUCGAGGAGGAAUGGGAAACUAAGCUGCAUGAAUUGACCAAAAAAUACUCUUAUAAAAAAAAGAAGAAAGUAGAAGAUGGUGAAAUAAAGGCAAUGACUAUUCAAUUUGAAAACCAGAAGAAAGACCUCGCAAAAACAAUGACUUUAAAACGAGAGAGGAAGAAGCAGCAUUUGACUAUACGACUACGAGAGAUUGCACAGGAGCAAACAUCUACAAUGGUGAAGAGGCAGAGUGCUCAAAUGUUGAAACUUUUCUCAGAAAUGAAGAAUGAGUUGUGUACAGAACUUAAAAGUGAGUUGCUCAAAGAGAAAACAGAACAAGUAAAUGUUUCAGAUGCUGAUAUUUCUAACAUGGAAUUAGACAAGGAAGAUUCAGAAAGAAUUGACCAAGUAAUUAAUGAAUUUGUCAAGCUUCCUGUUUCUUCUGAACCUCCAUCACCUCAUCCUCCAAGUUCUCGGAAGAGUGAAAUUUACACCGAUCCCUCUGUCUUUAGGGAUCUUGAUGAUCAUGUCAUUAAGAUAUCUGAAACUAACCAAGGUACCUACACUGACCUCAUCAGGUUGCUUACUGAACAACUUCAAUCUGAUUUGGAGAAAGCAAGAGCAAUCUACCGAUGGAUAACAGUUAUGGACCUGAAUGUGAUGCAGUUUGAUGAUAUUGUAGACAAUGAUACACCACUAGGAAUUCUGAGAGGAAUUAAAUAUGGCACUGAAACCUACCAUGUACUUUUUAUGAGAUUGAGCAGUUAUGCCGGGCUGCAGUGCGUCGAAAUCAAGGGUCAUUCCAAAAGUGUUGGCUAUGAGCCAGGUAUGAAGAUCCUUCCAGAAAACUUCCAAAAUACAUGGAAUGCUAUUUACAUUGAUGGGGACUGGCGAUUGGUUCAGUGUAACUGGGGUGCCAGACACCUGGUUUUAAAUAAGGAUAAAAUGCAAGAAAAGAAUAACCGGGACCACAUCAGAUACCAGUAUGAUGAACACUACUUUCUGACAGAUCCAGAUGAAUUCAUUCAGGAAUUUUACCCCUAUGACCAGGAAUGGCAACUGCUACAGAAACCGAUAUCACUGGAAAAUUUUGAAGCUAUGCCUUUUGUUCGUUCCAUUUUUUUCCACCAUCACAUGAAGUUUGAGAAAGCUUAUCAAUCAGUGCUGUACACAAACAACAAAGGUGGAGUUGAUUUAAAGAUACGGGUGCCAGAAGACCUUGAAGAUUCACUGUUGUUCUUCUACCAACUUCGUUCUGCUGAUAAAGAAAAACAAAAUACUUUGCAUAAAAAUAUUAAUUUUCAAGACUAUGUGUUCCAGACAAUGCAUGAUAAUGUUGCCAUCUUUAACAUCCAUGUUCCAACAACAGGUGCCUAUUAUAUCGAGAUCUUUGCCAAUAAAAUUGAAGAUGAUAAAAAGUUUCCGAACCAUUUCUCUGUCAGCUCACCAGUUCGGUUGAAAUGCACUUGUAAAUUCAAGGUUGUUUGCGAAGAAAUAACUGGUAAAAUGCUUCCACUCCCACAGUGUGCUUCUGGUGAAUGGGGGCCUAAAAAAGCAAUGCGUCACUUUGGUAUCAAACAGAUUUAUCCUGAAGAUAUGGAUUUGACUGAUAAAGAAAAUCUAAAAGGUGGUCUCUUGAAUGUUUAUAAUUGUGCAGAGCUGUUGUUUGAAGUGCCCUAUCCACUGAAACCAGUGGUAAAACUAAGAAUGAACCGUGUUGCUGACAGUUUUCUUGAAAAAUAUGUAUCUGUUGACAUAAAGGGCACAAAAAUGGUUGCGUCAUUUACAUUACCAAAUUCUGGCCAAUAUGGUCUCGAUGUAUUUACACAUACAACUUCCAGCACUGAUGGUAGUCAAGUGGCUCAUAUAUGCAAGUACCUGAUAACUGCUCAGGUGUUGAUAUUCCUGUGACAAUUCCAUACAUUGAAAAGUCAGAUACUGAAUCAACAACUCCUAUUCCUAAAGAGAAAUCAUGGGGACCAACAGAUAACUUCAGUAACUUUCAAAUACAGACUGUAAGCCACCCUGAACCUCACAUUAAUGUUAAUUCAAACC